AUGAAUUCGUCUAAUAAAAAUUCUGAUGAUGAUUCCAUUAAACCACUUCGUUUAGCUAAAAGAAACCUGUCGAUAACAAAUAGUCCUUCCAAGCUUUCCAAUACUUCAAUCACCAAUACUCCUAAAAAUGAUGAAUUUGUUUGCCGCCCAAUAAGAUUAGGUAGUAGAAAUAAAUCAACUGAAAAUGAAACGGUUAACGAUAAUAUAACUUCAAAACAUAAAUCUUUUAAUUUGUUGAAUUCAGCCAUAACUAAUGAUAAUCCGAAUCCUCAAACUCCUUCCGGUAGUAAACACAAUUCAUACAUAUCUAAUAGUCCCAGCUCAAAUAAAGACACAAGUCCAAGCCACCUGUCUAACCGGAAAUCAAUUCAAAUUAAAAAUUUGCCUAUAAUUCAUUCACCAAAAUCUCAUGACUCUUCAUUUAAUAUUUCUAAAAAUGAUGAUAUGAUUUUUGCAGUUUGUUUAGUUGAUUUCCAUCAUGUUAGAGGACCAGAAAUCCAAUGGUGGAAAUCAAAUUAUCAUCCAGUUUUCAAUGAAGACCAUAAAUUAUUUAAAAAUUUGCCAUUUCAAGCAUUACCCGAUGGUUCUCACUUAUUUGAAGAAACUUUUUCAAAUUUUAAUUUAGUCUAUGAUUUUAAUAAUAAAAUCUCUCUAGAUGAAUUAAAUGAUAUUGAACAUUUUGAUUCAAAUCCAAAUAACUUGAAGACCUUAUUUGGUUGCUCUUGUGUUCGCCAAGUUAAAACUCUAGAUCUAUCUGUUGAAGAACGUGAAAGACAUAAAGAUAUUACAAGAUCAAUCGUUCAAAAAGCGGUUGUUGUUAUAACAAGAAAACAACCAAUUUUCACUAAAAUCAAAGAAAAAUUAUCAAUUAUUACUAAAAGUUAUUUCCAACAAGAUAAUUUUGACAAUGUGGAAAUCCUUGAACAUCUAUUUGAUAAUUUAAAUGACGAAAAAUUAUUACUUGAAUCAAAAAAUAAUGAACAAGAAGAAGAAUUUUUCGUUAACCUCAAUAUUAAACAAACUAUUUUAAAAUUUAAAUCAAAUUUUUUAAUCAUUUUCAAAGCUUUAUUAUUGGAAAAGAAAAUUUUGAUUUAUUCAAAUAAUAAUUUGGAGUUAUUAACUCAAUUUCAAAAUAAUUUAAUUUCUUUAAUACCAAAUUUAAUCUCUAAUUUAGAUUAUUCCGGUUGUCCUUUAAGUGAUUACACUGAAAUCCAUUCAACUUUAUCAAAACCUCAUACCCUUAAUACAAAUGAUCGCCAAUCAAUGCUAAGAUUUUUCGGAUUACCCCUACAAAUUUUUAAUACAAAAAACAAUUUUUGGAAUCCUUAUUUACCUCUACAACAAUUAGAUGAAUUGAAAAUUAAUAGCUUUAUGGCUGGCUGCUCAAAUUUAUUAUUUUUAAAUCAAGCAAACCAUUUUAAAAUUAAUUUAAUUGUUAACUUAGAUACUAAUGAAGUCACUUUCCCAAUUGGUAAGUCAGAUGAUUUGAGUCUAAGCUGGAAUGAUAAAAAAUUCAUCAAUAAUUUAAUAUCGAAUAUCAAUAAAGAUGAUGAAAAUUUCGUCGGUAAUGACGACUAUAUUAGAUAUCAAUUCGAAGAUUAUUUAUCGGGAUUGGUCUCAACUACUAGAUUCCACCAAUACACUGAAAGAUUUCUGUCGAAUCCCCCAGGUUUUGAUACAAAAGUUAAUCCAGAAUUUGGGGAUUUAUCCUUGUUUGGUGAUGCUUUUAUAAAAUCAUGGAAAUCAACUAAAAACUAUUAUAUUUGGGAUAAAAUUUGUGAUGAAUUCAUUUUCAAUUUUCAAGAUCCAAAACAUAUUGGGGUUGAUUUGGUCGAUAAUCAACCCUAUGCAAUAACCAACAUGUUCAAUAAUUGGAAAAAUAAGCUUAAUCAACAACAGUCGGAUCAAGUUAACGAAUCAAUGCACCCCCAAAAAUUCAUUCCAGAUGAUGGUUUCGUCGUUGUUGGUAAUGAUAAAACUUCAUCAAAUACGGAAAAUCUGUCUCCCGGUGUAUCAGACGUGGUUUCUCCUACCCAAUCAAUAACAUCAGAUUCAACAAGAAAGUCUGCUGGCUGGAACUGGGGAUUUAAAAAGAAAUGA